AUGCCCAGUUACCUCAGAGUCGUGGUCCAAGAAGACCCAGUUACCAGAGAGUCGUGGUCCAAGAAGACCCAGUUACCAGAGAGUCGUGGUCCAAGAAGACCCAGUUACCAGAGAGUCGUGGUCCAAGAAGACCCAGUUACCAGAGAGUCGUGGUCCAAGAAGGCCCAGUUACCAGAGAGUCGUGGUCCAAUAAGACCCAGUUACCAGAGAGUCGUGGUCCAAGAAGACUCAGUCACCAGAGAGUCGUGGUCCAAGAAGACCCAGUUACCAGAGAGUCGUGGUCCAAAAAGACCCAGUUACCAGAGAGUCGUGGUCCAAGAAGACCCAGUUACCAGAGAGUCGUGGUCCAAGAAGACCCAGUUACCAGAGAGUCGUGGUCCAAUAAGACCCAGUUACCAGAGAGUCGUGGUCCAAGAAGACCCAACCCAGUUACCAGAGAGUCGUGGUCCAAUAAGACCCAGUUACCAGAGAGUCGUGGUCCAAGAAGACCCAGUUACCAGAGAGUCGUGGUCCAAGAAGACCCAGUUACCAGAGAGUCGUGGUCCAAGAAGACCCAGUUACCAGAGAGUCGUGGUCCAAGAAGACCCAGUUACUAGAGAGUCGUGGUCCAAGAAGACCCAGUUACCAGAGAGUCGUGGUCCAAGAAGACCCAGUUACCAGAGAGUCGUGGUCCAAGAAGACCCAGUUACCAGAGAGUCGUGGUCCAAGAAGACCCAGUUACCAGAGAGUCGUGGUCCAAGAAGACCCAGUUACUAG